AUGCUUGAUCCAAGCCAGGCUGCCCAAGAUGAAGAUCCAAACCAGGGACAUAUUAUUAGCCAUGAAGACCGUGACGUCUCUGAAACCAUUAUGCAGGUGAACGAUGACUAUUCGUCAUCAAGUCUAACAGUCGAUAUAUGUGUCGAAGCAAUGGAGGGCAUGGCUAUGCAAGACCCGCGAUCGUCGAACGACCGAGCGGCCCCAGUUGAUAUCCGGAAUAAACAUGCUGCUAACAUUUCGUCCAAGAAACCACACAAGCGCUCAGAUACACCACGAAGGGUAUUCCGUCGAUACGUAUCCAUGCCUCAUAUCCUUCGGACCCGGAUACAAGUGAUACAGCACCAAAUCGAAGUCUGCAAAUCAAGCUUGACACCGAAUCAUAUCCUCACAGGAAAGGAUUGCCAGACAAAAACACCGUUUCUAGUGAGAAGAGUGCGUCCACGGGCAACGUUCUCCAGAAAACCAACCCCCCGCAUCGUCCGGACUGGGUGGAGCACUAUUAAUAAACGGGUGGGAUUGAUGGAAGUUCCAGAAAUAAUGGAGGCAGAUUGGACAGAGUGUGUAGAAGAGACGCUGCAUCUGCGCGGGGGCUGUGGCGGAUGGAUGAACAAAAAGGGGAAGAUACAACGAUUGGAAGACGAUGAGGAACUUCCGCCAAUUAUAUGGUGGGUUGCUGGGGGAAAACCGGGAUAUCCUCUCCCAACGGGCAAGCGGUUAAGAGAAUGGAAGACAAAAAGUAAAGGGAAGUGGCAGGAAGACCAGAGGAGAGGGUAUCUUCAGGAAUUCGUGUUCGUGAUGUCCGAAGGGAGAUUAUGCAGGAAUCAACCUGAAAGGAAGAUAAAGGGGAAAAACGAUGUGAAGACAAAGAAAGCUAAGGGCCCUGAUGACCUGGCUGAGGGCGGUAGCUCGAUACUCGCGCCAGGAUAA